UCAGUGGGCUCAGUCAGUGAGAACAAGACGAGACUCAGGAGGGAAGAAACUGACUUUCUCUAUCUUAAUAUGUGCAGACACUGAAUGCCGUUUUUAUCAUAAUUUCAUUGGCGUGUGUGCAGUUGUAUCACACAGUGACAGAGGAGCACAGACUCACUAACAAACCAGCUGGAAGAGUUUUCAUGGUGGUGUGUGUUGCACAUCAAGAUGUUUGCUGUUCACCUUAUUUCCUUCUUCUUCUCCAAACUCCAGGAGGACCCCACAAAGAAGGUGGACAGGUUUCUGUACGCCAUGCGUCUCCAUGACGACCAGUUAAGUGACAUCUCGGCUCGUUUCCAGGCUGAAAUGAGGAAGGGGCUUUCAGCGGAAAGCAACGCUGCAGCAUCAGUGAAGAUGCUGCCAACACACGUCCGCUCCACUCCCGAUGGAUCCGAGAAAGGACAGUUUCUGGCAUUGGAUCUUGGAGGCUCCAGGUUUAAGGUGCUCCAAGUUAAAGUGAGAGAGGGCAUGGGGAUUAGGAGGGGAGGAGUGGAGAUGGUGGAGAAGACCUACCCCAUACCUAAGGAGCUACUCAUUGGGAGAGGAACAGAGCUAUUUGACCACGUGUCAGAGUCUCUAAAGGACUUCCUGCAUGAGAAGAACAUCAGUUUGGAGAAGAAACAUCCUCUGGCCUUCACAUUCUCUUUCCCCUGUGAACAGUCCACCUUAAAUCAGGGAUUAUUGGUAAACUGGAGUAAAAACUACCGGGCUCGAGGCCUCCAGGGUAAAGAUGUGGUCCAGGCCCUCAGAGAAGCAAUAGACAGAACUGGGGGUAUGGAUGUAGAGGUGUUAGCCAUGGUUAACGACACUGUAGCAACCAUGAUGACCUGCGGUUUUGAUGACCAGUACUGUGAUGUAGGACUCAUUAUUGGCACUGGCACCAAUGCGUGCUACAUGGAAGAGCUGCGUCACGUUGACCUGGUGGAGGGAGACGAGGGCAGGAUGUGUGUGAACACUGAGUGGGGAGCCUUCGGAGACGACGGGGCUUUGAAUGAUUACAUCACAGAGUUUGACAGGGAUGUGGACGCAUCCUCCAACAACCCUGGAAAACAAAUCCUAGAGAAGAUGGUCAGUGCGAUGUAUCUGGGCGAGUUAGUGAGGCUGGUUGUAUUAAAGAUGGCUAAACUCGGACUGCUGUUUGAUGGACAUGUUUCUGAUGCCCUGAGGAUUAAAGGGAAGAUAACCACGGCACAUGUAGCAGCCAUGGAGGAAUACAAAAAUGGUCUGAAGAACACCAGAAACAUUCUCAUGGAUCUUGAUUUGACCCCAACAUCUGAUGACUGUGUUGCUGUUCAACAUGUCAGCACCAUAGUGUCCUUCAGGUCCUCAAAUCUGGUGGCUGCAGGACUCGCUGCCAUCUUGACUCGAAUAAAGCAAAACCGGAAUUUGAGGACAUUAAGGAUCACUGUAGGCGUGGAUGGAACUCUGUACAAGACGCAUCCACAGUAUCCUUCCCGUCUCCAUAAAGUAGUGCGGCGGCUGCUUCCUGAGUGCCAUGUCAGGUUUGCCCUCUCAGACAGCGGCAGCAGCAAAGGAGCUGCCCUGGUAACAGCAGUCGCCCAACGACUGGCAUCACGAAGGCGGCAGGUGGAUGAGACAAUGUCUCCAUUCAGACUGAGCCAAGAGCAGCUCCAGUUGGUCAAGACCAGGAUGAGGAUGGGGCUGGAGGCAGGGCUGAAGAGUAAAGGCCCCUCUGCUAUCAAGAUGCUGCCUUCUUUUGUGUACCGUACACCUGAUGGCACAGAGCGUGGAAAGUACCUCGCCUUGGAUCUGGGAGGGACAAACUUCAGAGCAUUGUUGGUGAACUUUAAAAAUGGUCUGCAACAGAACACCCGGCUUUACCACAAGAUCUACACCAUACCGCUGGAGAUAAUGCAGGGAAGUGGAGAAGAGUUGUUUGAUCAUAUAGUGCAGUGUGUAAGUGACUUCCUGGACUACAUGGGGAUGAAGAACGCUCAUCUUCCUGCAGGCUUCACCUUCUCUUUCCCCUGCGAGCAGACAUCUAUUGACACGGGCACAUUGGUGAGCUGGACCAAAGGCUUCAAGGCCACAGACUGUGAAGGACAUGAUGUUGUGAGCAUGCUGAGGGAUGCCAUCAAGAGACGCAACGAGUUUGACUUGGACAUAGUAGCAGUAGUCAAUGACACAGUGGGGACCAUGAUGAGCUGUGCCUAUGAAGACCCUGAGUGUGAAAUUGGACUGAUUGCUGGAACUGGCACUAAUGUUUGUUACAUGGAGGAGCUGAAGAACAUUGAAAAAGCUGAACAAAAGACAGAAAAAAUGGAAAGAAAAGAGGGGACCCCUGAAGGAGGCGAGGAAAAGCUGGAUGAUGGGACUAAAAGAGAGAAAAAGGUGGGGGAUUCUGAGAUACCAAAGAUGUGUAUAAACACAGAGUGGGGAGGUCUGGGUGAUGAUGGCUCUCUCAAUGACAUCAUCACACCUUAUGACAUUGAGGUCGACCAAAACUCACUGAACCCUGGAAAACAAAGGUUUGAAAAGCUGACCAGUGGGAUGUAUUUAGGAGAAAUUGUUCGUCAGGUGUUAUUGGAUUUAACCAGAGGAGGUUUGCUGUUCAGAGGACACGUCACUGAAGCUUUGAAAACACCUGGAAUAUUCCAAACCAAAUACCUGUCACAAAUAGAGAGUGACCGCCUGGCUCUACUGCAGGUCCGAUCUAUUCUCCAACAGCUGGGGCUCGACAGCACCUGUGAUGACAGCAUCAUUGUCAAAGAGGUAUGUGGAGCAGUGUCACGUCGUGCAGCUGUGCUGUGUGGGGCAGGAAUGGCGGCCGUGGUCGAUAAGAUCAGAGAGAACCGAGGCCUGGACCAUCUAAACAUCACUGUAGGGGUGGACGGUGCACUCUACAAACUGCAUCCACAUUUUGCUGAAGUCCUUCAAGAAACUGCCAGAGUUUUGGCUCCUCAGUGUAACGUGACUUUCCUGCCAUCAGAGGAAGGCAGCGGAAAGGGUGCUGCCCUCAUCACAGCUGUGGCCAGACAAAAGCUGUAAUGCCAAGUUCCCUCAGCACCGCUGUUCUUGUUGCAGUUGUCGCCUUUUGAUAAUUGACUUCAGAAAAGGCAGUGUCGAAAGCGAAGCAUCAUACAUGAUGAAGAUGCACAAAUCGUUCUUGAAUACAAAUACCUGGGAAGAGUGUUCGAUUCACAGCUGAAAUGUAAUGA